AUGGAGGAAUUCAUGAAUCUGACGCAAGGAUCGCUGACAGUGCAGCAGUACGCUGCUAAAUUCCAAGAGCUGUCUCGAUUUGCUCCAUUCAUGAUUCCCGAUGAAGCAAAGAAAGCCUGGAAGUUUCAGAGGAGUCUGAGGAGCGAGAUACGUAAGCAGAUGGCGAUUUUGCAUUUGCAAGACUUUGCUACACUGGUUGAUAAAGCCACUGUGGCAGAGGACAGUUGUUGUCACAACAUUCUACUGGAGGAUGCAGAGGUUCAGGUCCCGAAGAAGAGGUCAGCGCCUCCUAGUUCUUCGUCUGGGACGAGGCAGGGUAACUGGAAGAAGAACAGUGGUGGUACGUCUCAGAACACCGUACAUUUCCAACAUUGCUCGUUGUGUGGUAGGAGACACCCGAGGCAGUGUUGGUUGGAUGUGGGGGCUUGUAUGCGGUGUGGUAAACAAGGACACCAGGCAAGAGACUGUAGUAUGCAGGGAAACAGUGGAGCCUCGCAACAGCCAUACAGGGGAAAUACUCAGGCACAGCGUAGUGGUCAGCAAGGGGGUACCGCCCAGGCUAGGGUGUAUUCCCUGACACUUGGUGACGCAAAGAACACUGGUGAUGCAGUCACAGAUUAUGAACUGGUGGUGGCUACACCAUCUGGAUCUAUAGUUGGGUGUAGCAAGUUGUUUGCCAGUUAUGCUAGUAUUGAUUGCCACAGGAGAGAGGUGUUGUUUAGACUGCCAGGAAAGCAGGAAUUUCAGUUCCUUAGAUCAUGUGUACGUUCUACACCACGUAUCCUUUUGGCUAUGCAAGCUAGAAGACUACUCCUUAAAGGGUGCCAAGGAUAUUUGACAUUUUUGAAAGACACACCAGCAGAAGAACGGGAAUUAGAGAUGAAUGCUAUAGUGUGCGAGUUCCCUGACAUGUUUCUAGAGGACUUACCAGGAUUACCUCCAGACCAUGAUGUGGAAUUUGCCAUAAAAUUAGCUCCAGAUACAGCGCCGAUAUCGAAAGCUUCGUAUCGAAUGGCUCCAACUGAAUUAAGAGAAUUGAAGGAACAACUUCAAGAGCUGCUUGACAAGCGGUACAUUAGACCUAGUGUUUCUCCCUAG